AUGGCAGCGCUAAAUGAAAGACUAUUGCACGAGCGAGUGAUGAACACUCAGCAGAUGAAGCAGGUGCAGCAGUACACUCAGACUGUGUCUGACACCUGGAAGCUUUGCGACAACUAUCUCCAGGCUGAUUGUGCCCAGUUGGCAGAGAAGGACGUGCUUCAGUUUGAGGCCGACGUCAAGGACUUGAAGUUCAAGCUCAUCAAGAACUACUAUCUUAUCAAGCAGUACCUCAUGUCGCUAAAUUUGAUCUACAAGAGCUUCUCCAACAAGAUCGACGAAUUGAUGUUGAACUACAAGAACCUCAACCAGCUCAACGACUUGAUCGUCAACGAAAAGAAAACGUACCUCAUGAACAACUACAACUUGCUCAAGUUUGAAAACGCCAAACUCACCGAGAUCGACAAGUUCAUCAACAUCAACCUCAACUACAGCAGUGGACCAGGCGCCAGUCUUGCCAACGACAACAACGACAACGACCUCAUUGCACUCAGCGAAAAGGACCUUGCAGAGUUCACCAACAACGACCCCAUGCUCCUCAACAGGGCCAGGCUGCUCUCCAGGAAAAGGGCCAGCGAUGGGUACAGGUACCGGUUGAAGUUCGACUACUCGUUGGAGUACCUCCGGAAGUACAACGAGCUCCUCAACGACGACCUCUCUUUUUUCAGAGAAAACAUCAGCACCAACAAGAAGAACUGGGUGCUGUUAUCCAGCAAGAUCAAGACGCUCAUCGACUCCAUUGACUCCAUCGACCUCGCCCAGUGA